UAAUGACAUCCGGGACUUCACAACUUUACAUCACACGCGUCAUGAUUCUUCGAGCUUCGCGGGGCUUAGCUUGUGUGCAGAGUAUUUUAUGUAGGCCUACUCUCGUUUUAAAUUUCAUUGUAUAGGCCCAUUCUUCAACUUAUUCGAAUGGCUUCAGAGCCUAGGUCAGAGCUCUUCACGGGCUGGGGGUACAUCCCUGAAAAGGUGAAAAAAGCACAUAAGAAAAUUGAGAUGUACAAAUAUGACACAGACGCUUGGGGGAUUUUACUCCGAGAAGCACAGAGUCAGCCGGUGGAUAAAGCCCGUCCUCUCUAUGAGCUUCUUAUAGCUACCUUCACCAAUUCAGGACGCUACUGGAAGAUGUACAUUGAACAAGAGAUUAAAAGCAAGAACUAUGAGAAAGUGGAAAAGCUGUUCCAACGUUGCCUGAUGAAGGUUCUUAACAUUGACCUGUGGAAGUGUUACUUGACUUAUGUGAAGGAGACCAAAGGAGGUCUCGCGUCGUAUCGUGAGAAGAUGGCCCAAGCUUACGACUUUGCACUGGACAAAAUGGGCAUGGAUAUAUACUCAUACCAGAUCUGGGCUGAUUAUGUAACAUACCUCAAGGGAGCGGAGGCAAAAGGUUCUUAUGCAGAGAACCAACGGAUCACUGCAGUACGUAGGGUGUAUCAGAGGGGUGUGGUCAAUCCAAUGGUCAACAUAGAGGUUUUCUGGAAGGACUACUGUACAUAUGAAAAUGGAAUCAACCCUAUCAUUGCCAAGAAAAUGAUAGAUGAUAGGAGCCGCAGUUACAUGAAUGCCAGAAGAGUUGCCAAGGAGUAUGAGGCCGUCACGAAAGGACUAAAUCGCAACAAUCCAGCAGUGCCCCCAACAGGAACUCUGGAAGAAUCAAAACAGGUGGAACUGUGGAAGAAGUACAUCAAUUGGGAAAAGACUAACCCUACCAGAACGGAGGAUCAGACUCUCAUGACAAAAAGAGUGAUGUUUGCAUAUGAGCAGUGCCUCUUAUGUCUUGGUCAUCAUCCUGAUGUGUGGUAUGAGGCUGCCUUGUACCUGGAAAACUCCAGCAAAUCCUUUGCAGAAAAGGGCGACAUGAACAACGCCAAAGUAUUCAGUGAUGAAGCCGCCGCAAUCUAUGAGAGGGCAAUCCAAACACUGAUGAAGAAGAGUAUGCUGAUCUACUUUGCCUAUGCAGACUUUGAAGAGGGUCGGAUGAAGUAUGAAAAGGUUCACAACAUCUACAAGAGGCUGUUGGCCAUUGAGGACAUUGACCCUACCCUGGUGUACAUCCAAUACAUGAAGUUUACUCGUAGAGCAGAGGGUAUCAAGGCAGCCCGAGCAAUCUUCAAGAAGGCCAGGGAAGAUAUCAGAGUCCACUAUCACGUCUUCAUUGCAGCUGCACUUAUGGAGUAUUACUGCAGUAAGGACCAACAAGUUGCAUUCAAGAUCUUUGAGCUGGGAUUGAAGAAGUAUGGAGAUAUUCCUGAGUACAUCCUCUCCUACAUCGAUUACCUGUCACAUCUGAAUGAGGAUAACAACACAAGGGUGUUGUUUGAACGAGUCUUGACGGCAGGGUCCCUGCCUGUUGAAAAGUCAGGUGAGAUCUGGCUGCGGUUUGAGGACUUUGAAUCAACUUGUGGAGACCUGACAAGUGUCGUCAAGGUAGAGAAGAGACGCCUAGCCCUCUUCAAGGAUGAAUUCAAAGAUCGUGAAACCAGCUUACUUGUAGAUCGCUACAGGUAUCUGGAUCUCUAUCCCUGCACCUCUGCUGAACUGAAAGCCAUCGGAUAUAAAGAUCUCACUCAGCGGCACACCAUUCAACAAGUUCUCCAAAAUCCUUCCGUCUCAAAAGAUGCGGGGCCAUCAACAGAGAAUACUGAGGAAGAAGGAGCUGAUGCCAAGAAGACAGAGUUUCCUGCUCCUGAUUUGCAACAAAUGCUCCCCUUUACCCCACGAUCUCAAGCCCCACCUGGUGCCCAUCCUGUUCCAGGGGGAGUGUUUCCAUUACCCUUGGCUGCUUCUCAUGUUGUGUCCAAGCUACCUCCACCAGCUUGUUUCCAGGGUCCAUUUGUCAAGGUUGAUAGCCUCAUGAAGAUCUUGGCAGAGUGCAAAAUUCCUGAGCCCCAAAUUGAAGAUGUUGCUAUAAAUGGUGAGAUGGGAGACAAUGAUGGCGAAGGAGCUACCAAGCGCAAACGGACAGGAGACAAGAAUGACGAUUCUGAUGAAGAUGAAGAAAUGCACAGUGCCCCCGCACAUGAUAUCUACCGCAGCAGACAGCAGAAACGUGUCAGGUAGAAGCAGGAACCAACUAGAGCAUAAGGUGAACGUGUCAGGUGCUUGAGACUGUAAACAGGUACAUACCCAUCAGAAAAAUUGGAUUAAGUCCAGGAAUUUUUAUCAGUUUCCUUCGACCUUUGUUUGGUGAAAGGCAGUGCAUUUGAACAUUUUAACUUUGUUAUGUAGACAAAGGUUAUUUGCAUUAAAGAAAGACUCUGUCUUUCUAUUCAAGAAUGGAUUCUGAUGUUUCCUUAGUGACUGAAUUUUCAAGUAAUUGUUGAUCAAUCUAUUUAACUUGCUUGACAUGAGAUAGGUUGAAAGUUUAGAAACAAUCUAAUGCUGGCUGUGAAUUGUGCACUUUCACUCUCAAACAGAUCUCAUGUAACCUCCAUUAUCAUUCCAAGUCACUUUUUUUUUAUCAGGAGUAGAAGGUAGGGUGUGGGGUGAAAUCCAAAAAUUUAAUCAAAGGUCAUACCUGGGUUGGGGAUAUUUCAUUACCCUAGACUUGCAAAAGAUGAUGUGUCUUGUUCAACAACACUAAACAGUUGUCUUACUUUCAGCAGUAUAAUUUUGGGUUUUUGUCGAAUAUUUUCAAAGUCUGUUGGGAAUUUGUUUGAUUCAGCCAUUGUUCUAUUCAACGCAGUUUGUCUGAUAGGUGAAUUUGUGUAACCAGAAGACAGGUUAAGGGUUGUGGCAUCCUUCAAUCUCUGCUUUGGUGGAAAAUUGUCCGAAUGUUGUCGAGUCCUGUCAUUUGAAAUAGCCUCCCCCCACCCUACCUUGUCUAAGAUGGCCGUCGGUCCUUCCCUACGCUUCUAUGUGAAUCUCUUAACCCGUGGUCACACUUCCCAUUCAGACUGGUCUAGCAAUGCCUGUGCUUAUAGUUUGAAUAUACUUUCACAUUUUGCUCCAAGACAAUUCAAAUUUUCAAUUUAAUGUUCUUAAGUGUAUAUCUUUAUCUUUAGUUUGGUACUGUUCCACGCUGGUACUCUAUAGAGCUUAUUUUCAUCUUCUGGAUCUGUUUUGUGUUGAGUAAUUUGUGGUGUCUGAAUCCACACUGAAACUUUUUAAUUAGUUGAUUUUACUUUUUGUUACUGAUGCGUGAGUACAAAUAAAGAAGUUCAAUGAAAAGUAACA